AUGAGUUUUCAAAUCACAUCGUCAUCUGCAGCUCCUGCGCAAGAACAUUCACAUCUCUCCGCGAGAACAAGGUCGGAUGAGGGCGCGGAGACAGAACAGGAAGAAGAAAAGAUCGUCGUCAAAGUAAAAAACCAGGUUGGGAAUGAAAGGUUCUUCAGGAUGAAGCGCACUACUCUGCUGCGGAAGCUUAUGGAUGCCUAUCGUGAUCCUCUAUCUCUUCCGUUGAAUGAGCUUCGCUUCCUCUUUGAUCGUCGUUAUCUUAGAUAUUACGAUACACCUUUGGAGUUGGGUAUGGAGGAUGGAGCUGAAAUUCUUGUCUUCCUACGCGAAUGUGGCUGCUGA